AGCGAAGACACGAACCACAAAAAACUGAAAUCAAAUUAAAUUUAAAUAAUAGACAAUCAAAAUAAAACUAGCAACACUAAUCAAAAAUUUAACAAACAAGUCGUAAAUAAAAUUAAAUCUCAGACAAGUCUUCGGUAUGAAAAAUCGUGAAAAAAUCGGACAAAUCGAAAGCAAUUCUUAUUUUCGAUAUUCACAAAGAAUAUCGAUAUAUUGAUAUGUUGAUAUCAAUCACCGAAAGCCCAGCACGGCUGUUUUUUGUAUUUAAUUUUUAAUUAUUCCUUAUUUUGAUAUAAGUAAGGAAAGAUAAGGCACUACCCAUCAAGCCAUUGCCAGGCGCUCUCCCUUUCUGCACCCCGGUAACCAACUGGCAAGGCCGAACAAACUCGAAGUGGAAGUGGAAGACGACGGAGCGCCGGAGGACGAAAAAGUUGGCGGAGCGGAGGAAAUGACCAGCAACGCAGGAAACAAUGGAGCUUCGGUUCAUGGAGCGGGCAGCGGAACACUGGAGGGCACCCUCAGCAAGUGGACCAAUGUGAUGAAGGGCUGGCAGUACCGCUUCUUUGUUCUCGACGAGAAUGCGGGACUGCUCUCCUACUACACGUCCAAGGAAAAGAUGAUUAAGGGCGUGCGUCGGGGGUGCGUGCGACUGAAAGACGCCCUCAUCGGGAUCGACGACCAGGAGGACAACACGUUCACGAUCACGGUGGACCACAAGACCUUCCAUUUUCAGGCGCGGCACACCGAGGAGCGGGAGCAGUGGGUGCGCCGUUUGGAGGACACAAUUCGGCGCCACGCAAACCGCUCGCGGCUUUGGGACAAUCAGAGCUCCUAUUACAUCGCCGGAGGCUACACGAAGGAAGGCAGCGGUGGUGGCGCUGUCGGUGCCGACGGAAGCAGGAGACCCAACCACCUCGAUCUGCUGGCCCGCCGUGUUUCCGAGGCGGACGCCUACCUCCAGCUGAUGAUAGACCAGACCAACCUGCUGGAGAGGCGCAUCGAGGAGCUGGCCGACCCUGCGGAGCAGGCCAAGUGCAAGGUGCUGCAGGACAACGCAAAUGCCAUGCUGGAUCACAUCAAGCACUCAAUCGUCAGCCUACAGAUUGCCAAGAACAUGGCCCACCCAAUCAACGGAAUAUACAACGGCCCUCCCCCGGUGACCGCCUCGACGAGCUCCUCCGUCAGCGUGGCCACCAGCAUCAAUAACAUACCGUCAGGUGAGCCCAAGUCCGUUUCGGGCCAAGUGCCCCCGGGCGCCGUUGGCGGGGGGAAAGGUGAGCCCUGCGACGACGAGGACGACUCGGUAACGGAGAACGUUACCACAGCGCCCCUCGGUCUGGUUGUGCCCGAAACCUCCUACUCGAGCAGCGAGGGCGAGGAGGACUUCUACGAUGCCUACGAUGAUCCCUUCACUAGCCUUGGCAGCUCCCCGAUUGGCUGUGCCACUCGAGGAUUUGCGGAAUCCACGUCGCCUACCCACGGCAAGGGGCCCGACACCAUCGGGCUGGCGGAUGCCAAUGCCGAGGCAGCACAACCGCCCGCUUUUGAAGCCAAGACCCCCCCUGAGCCGACACUGCCAGAAGCCACGAGCUUGCCGGACUCCGCGGGCCGGGCGCCAGCCACCUGUCGAAGUGACAGCUAUGACAACGGAAUAGACUACGACGCCUUGUACGAGGAGGAGGAGGAGACGGACCUCAGCAUGGAGGCCCACGGCUCGAUGAUUACCCACUUGCUCUCCCAGGUGAAGAUUGGCAUGGACCUCACCAAGGUGGUGCUUCCCACGUUCAUCUUGGAGCGCCGUUCGCUUCUCGAAAUGUACGCCGACUACUUCGCCCAUCCGGAUUUGUUUUUGAGAAUCUCUGAGCUGGAUGAUCCGCGCGACAGGAUAGUGCAGGUAUGCCGCUGGUACUUGAGUGCCUACCAUGCUGGACGCAAGAGCGCUGUCGCCAAGAAGCCCUACAACCCCAUCCUGGGCGAGGUCUUUCAAUGCCAUUGGGAUAUUCCGGGAGAGACCCAUGACGCCCACGAGGUGCACGAUGGCCCGGUUCCCUGGUGCCGCAGGGACCAGCUCACCUUCUUAGCGGAGCAAGUCUCGCACCAUCCGCCAAUUUCGGCCUUCUACGCGGAGCACUACAACAAAAAGAUCUCCUUUGCGGCCCAUGUCUGGACCAAGUCCAAGUUCUUGGGUCUCUCGAUUGGGGUGCACAACAUUGGCGAAGGCGUCGUCACCCUGGUGGAUCGCAGUGAGGAGUACAUAGUGACCUUUCCCAACGGCUACGGCAGGUCCAUUUUGACGGUGCCCUGGAUCGAACUGGGUGGUUCGGUGGAGAUCAAGUGCCCCCAGACGGGCUAUUACGCCAAUGUGGAGUUCCUCACGAAGCCCUUCUACGGCGGCAAGCGCAACAAGGUCACGACCGAGGUCUAUGCUCCCAGCGAAAAGAAGCCCUUUGUAUCGAUUGCCGGCGAGUGGAGCGGCCUAAUGGAGGCCAAGUGGCACGACAAAAAUAAAACCGAAGUAUUCGUCGACGUAAAUCGCAUACCCAUAUUUAAGAAACAAGUGCGACCAAUCGUUGAGCAGGAUGAGUACGAAUCGCGUCGAGUGUGGAAGGAAGUGACGGCGGGACUCAAAUUCAAUGACAUCGAACGCGCCACCAAUGCCAAAUUCGUGGUGGAGCAGCAGCAGCGCGACCAGGCCAAAGUCCGCAAGGAGUACGACCUGGCCUGGGAGCACAAGCACUUCAAACCCGUGGGUGACAACUGGAUCUACGCCAAGCCGCUGAGCCAGCGCAUGUAUCUGCAGGAGAAGGAGGCUAAGAGAUAAUGUUGGCGCCAAUCACCAACGCCUCUUUGUUUGGAUCAUAUCAAGAACGAGCCUCUGCUAUAUAUUUAGAUUCCACAAGUGCGCAAACUUCGGAUUACUCUAACAAUACAACGUAAAAAGUCGGGAUUUGUGAUGACUCCUUCGGUGUCCUUCGGUGUCUGGUUAUGAAUUAGUGUAAAUAGUGAGAAUAGUCAGGCGGAAGCCCUGGGCACAGACGAAGUCAGUACGGCUGGCAGACAGGCAGGCAGUGGCAGUUACUUCUACACACGGAUAGUUUGUACACACGGAUUGAACAAGUUUUGUUUUCUAUUGUUAAGAACUAGUGUGUUUCAAAAGCAAUCGCAAUACUGCAAAUCACGAACACCUUUUACAUUAAUAAUUAGUGAACUAGCUGCAAGAAAGAGUAACCGCAACCAAUACACAAUAUGGGAAUAUCAAACAGUUGUAGACUACAGAAUUGGUAAAUACUUAAGGAUAGAAACUAUUUUUGAAAUAAAAGACUCUUCUAUAGACGAAAACGCAUACGGCAAACGCAAAUUAGCUUGCUUCUCUAGUUACCCAAGACCCGGACAGACACUGCACAAUAAUUUUUCCAAUUCAUAGUUCUAACUAUACGAAUACCUCUAGUAUUAUACUUUAAAUUAAAUUCCAAAAACGUCACGAUGAUAAAAUAAAAAGCUUUACUAACAGUUCACUAAACCGGAUAAGUCCUCCCUAAAAACACACACCGAAUGCUACGCUUAAAAAACAAAUGUACGAGUAAUAUGGAAUAUUUUUCCCAAAACGUUUAUAUAUUGUUUUAAACUUUAUUUUAAUCGAAACAGUGAUAAAUCACAAAUUGUACCGGAGACAAAAUAAAAUGAUAGAAAAAUAAAUUUUAUUCAAAGAACUUGCUGUAUUUGUUUAAUAUAUUUUGAUAAAUAAAGCUGCUGAUUCGAAAUUUAAUUGAAAGUUUUGAAUUUGAACUUUCAGUCGGUU